CUCCAUCUCUAAAACCCCAAAAAAAAUCCUCACCGCCACCACUUCAGUACCCACCACGCCGGCGACGACGCCCUUCAAAAACCGAUCGCCGCUCCUCUAGCUCUCAAAUGAACCCAACUCUUCCUUCACUCAACCUCUGAUUCUUCUCCCCUUAUCAUUUGUAAGUCUCAAAAUCUUCCCCUCAUUCAUUUUCCCGAUUACUUCUUAUUCUUCUUGCUUCAUUUGGUUUUAUCUAUUUAAGCACAAAUUUUGUUUCUUUCUCUUUGGUUUUUGGUUUCAGUCUCGUAAUCUUAGAGACCAAAAUGAGUCUGAGGUACUUAGUUUCCAGGCAAUCAGUGUCAAAAUUCACUGCUAGGCUUCGGUCUCAGUAUGCCGCUGCGUAUGGUUUCGCAACCGUUGCAGACCCAAUACCCAGUUCAUUUCGUUCUGCAACUCAUCAUGGUGGGUCUAAACCUCUCAAAAACCCUAGCCACCCAAUACCCAUGUGGUCGUUUUGUAGAGGCAUUCACUCCGCUCAAGUGGUUGAUUCGGUGGAUUCCGAGGAGGAGGAGGAGGAAGAGGGAGGCAUUAAUGAGUUCUUGUCCCGAUUCGUGUGGAUUAUACGGCAGAAGCUCAAUGUGGCUUACCCGGGUUGCGAUAAGGAAACUGUGGAUGGGAUGCUGAUGGUUAUUGUGCAGAGGGUUGUGGAGGAGAUGGAGCAGGGCGGGUUUGAGCAGAUGCUUGGCGAGAGGCAGGGUGCUGCUCCGUCGCAGGAUUUUAGUGAGGAUUUGUGGAGAACAGUGUGGGAGGUGAGCAAUAUGGUUUUGGAUGACAUGAGGAAGGAAGCGAGGAAGGAGAAAAUGAAGGGGUUUCUGCAUGCUGAGGAAGUCAAGGAGAUGUGUAGGUUUGCUGGUGAAGUUGGUAUCCGGGGGGAUAUGCUUAGGGAGCUCAGGUUCAAGUGGGCUCGCGAGAAGAUGGAGGAGACUGAGUUUUAUGAGAGCUUGGAGCUUCUUAGAGAACAAGAGAAAGCCCAAGAGAAAGGGGAGGAGGAAGGAGAGGUUGUGCAAGCUGAUGAGGAGGCUUGUGUAACUGAGGUGAAUCCUAAGGUUGGUUCUCUUCCCAAGAGGCGAGGGAAGAUAAGGUACAAAAUUUAUGGGCUUGAUCUCUCUGAUCCGAAGUGGGUUGAAGUUGUUGAUAGAAUCCAUGAGGCAGGGGAGGUCAUUUGUCCCCAGGAACCGAAACCAAUAUCUGGGAAAUGCAAGUUGGUUACUGAGAGAAUUCUUCAAUCAAAUGAGGCAGAUGACAUGUCUCCACUUUUGGCUGAAUGGGUAGAGUUGCUCCAACCUAGUAGGAUUGAUUGGGACAAUUUGCUUGAUCAAUUGAAAGAGCAGAACACCAGGUUAUACUUUAAGGUGGCAGAACUUGUAUUGGAUGAGAAAUCUUUCCAGACGAACAUCCGUGACUACUCCAUGCUUAUCGAUGCUUAUGCCAAGGAAAAUAACGUAGAAGAUGCUGAGAGAAUUUUAAAGAAGAUGAAUGAAAAUGGGUUUGAACCUGAUAUCUUAACAACCACUAUUUUGGUUCACAUGUACAGCAAGGCAGGCAAUCUUGAAGGUGCCGACCAAGCAUUUAAGACAUUGAAGAGCCAGGGCUUCCGACCAGAUAUGAAGGUCUACAAUUCCAUGAUCAAGGCAUAUGUAAAUGCUAACCAACCGAAAUUGGGGGAGUCAUUGAUGAGAGAGAUGGAAUCAAGAGACAUCAAACCCACAAAAGAAAUUUACAUGGCAUUGCUUCAAUCAUUUGCCCAACUUGGUGAUGUGAAGGGAGCGGAACGAAUUGUCAACACUAUGAUUAUGGCAGGUUUUCAGCCAACUUUAGAAUCUUGUUCAGUGCUUGUUGAGGCAUAUGGAAAAGCUGGUGACCCUGAUCAGGCAAGGCACAACUUUGAUUACAUAAUAAAAGUUGGGCACAAACCUGACGACAAGUGCACUGCAAGCAUGAUUGCAGCUUAUGAAAAGAAAAAUUUACUCGAUAAGGCACUGGAUUUGUUGUUGCAGCUUGAAAAGGAUGGCUUUGAGCCGGGAGUUGCUACUUACACAGUUCUUGUAGAUUGGCUGGGAAAACUGCAGCUAGUUAGUGAGGCUGAACAGCUAUUGGACAAAAUUGCUGAGCUGGGUGAGGCUCCUCCAUUGCAACUUCAUGUAAGCAUUUGCGAUAUGUAUGCUAGGGCUGGAUUUGAGAAAAAGGCACUACAAGCUUUGGGAGUUUUGGAGGCUAAGAAGGAGCAACUGAGUUUAGAUGACUUUGAGACAAUUAUUGAGGGGCUUAUGACUGGUGGAUUUUUUCAGGAUGCUCAGAGGAUACGGGGAGUGAUGGAGGCUCAGGGUUUUGUUGCGUCACAGCAACUUCAGUUGCACCUAGUGGCUAAAAGUUUUACCCUCAAGAGGCCAUCAAUGAGAUAAUGCUUGCCAAUCUAUUGGCUGUGAGACCAACGUAUGCUUUUGUAGUUUCAGGGAUGCUUAGUGUACUGUGUUGUUGGUGACAUGUAAUCGAUAAAUGGAGUUAGUGUAGCUCUCAUCACAUUAACAUCCUAAGUUGACCGGGUUUAUGGUA